CAUGGGCAAGACUUGCUUUCUGUGCAAGAGCAGUGUGGACGAUGAGUUGCUGUUCGGAAGAUUUUACUCCAAAUGGAAGCUUACCGUACAUUACUACUGCCUGCUCCUUUCCUCGAACCUGGUGCAAAGAGGCAGCAAUGAUACGGUGGGAAUUUUUGGGUUUUUAGAAUCGGACAUCCGGAAGGAAAACGAACGGACGAAAAAAUGCCGCUGUUACAUCUGCAAGAACAUGCACGCAAACGUAUCGUGCUGCUCGAAGAAAUGUUUACGAACGUUUCACACGGUGUGCGGCAUCACGAACGGUUGUCUGUCCCACUAUACGGACACAUACCAGUCGUGGUGUGCCGAGCACGUGCCACUCGAGCCGGAUACUGAUCCUCAUUCGCCCGAAGAUGCCUGCUCGAUCUGUUACGACGAGAUGGGCCAGUACGAUCUGAUAACUUCGAUCAAGGCACCCUGCUGCCGGAACGGGUGGUUCCACCAGCGGUGUCUGGCGCAGUACGCUGAAUCAGCCGGAUAUUUCUUCAAGUGUCCGCUGUGCAAAAAUGAGGAAAAAUUCGUGGCAGAGGUUCCCCUGCGUGGUGUGUUUGUACCUGAGCGUGAUGCCGCCUGGGAGCUGGAACCGAACGCGUUUCAGGAGCAGCUGCUUCGGCCAACGGUAUGCGAUGCGGAAGACUGUAAAUGUCAGGCCGGGCGCACCUUAGACGAUCGUCAAUGGCCGCUGGUGAUUUGUGGUUCGUGUGGAUCAACAUGCCGGCACCGGCAAUGUAUGGACCAGACAGCCGAAGGAGGGUCACAAAUCUACCUGUGCCAGCUCUGUCGGCCGAUUGUCGGUGAACACGUAUCAAUGCUCAUUGGGGACACUAGUGAUGAUAGUAGCGAUGAUGACACCAGCUCCACAUCCACCUCCGUGUCACUCCCUGGAACGUUUCGGAACAAGCGUAUGAGCAAAGUCUCGGGUUCGGGUGAGUCGGGUGUACAUUGUUCGAGCAGUGACGAACCGCUGAUCAAUAUUCGACGAAAGGGACAUUCUUCUGCAAGACGCAUAUCGGAUGAUUCGGAAGAUAGUGACCGGUCGGACGGUAGUUCCAUUCAAAUCCGACGUUUUGUCCGCCAAAACACGGGAAAGCGUGUGCGUCGUUUAUUGUCGGAUGGAUCGGACGAAGGUAAACGAACGGCAGCUACGUACGAUUCUACCGAUACACUUCCGACGCACAUUCAAUCCGGUUCGCCUGCAAGGCCAGAGACGGAUAACGUAAGCUCAGACUCGUCCGAGCGCAUUGAGCUUCAUGCUAGGAUAACGCGGCAGCUGACCAGACGGUUGUCAUCGCUAAGCGAUUCAAGCAAACGAUCGACAAGCGUAAGCACCAACAGUAGCGAAAGACUGGAAUGCUCGUCCAAAUGCAGGCCCAGGAUUGCUUCAUCAGCCGAUGAAUCGGAGGAAAAGCAACCGGAAGGCGAAAAAAAAGCUUCCGAUGGAGAAGAAGGGCUAUCCACCACCGGACAACAAUGCACAAAAUCAACAUCAUCAUCAGCUUCACCGUCAACUUCAUCAGCUGCCCGGAGGCUCUCCUACUGUUCGUCGAAAGACUCCAAUAAACGGUCGGAUGACACGGAGGAUUAUCAGCAACUGGGUAAGAAACGCGUACGAAAAUCUUUCCAACUACGAAUCAGACCACUAAACGACAAGCGAUCGAACGCUGGUGAGGGAUCGGUUCCUUCCGAAUCAGCGUCGGAAUGGGAUGAAAAUUUCGACCCUCCACCAAAGCAAGACAAGGUUGAAAAAGCUAACCAGUCCGAAAGCAGGCGUCCAAGACACCCGUCCAGCAGCACUGCACCCACAGAACGUUCCACCAGCGAAAGCAGCAUAGAACUGAAGCCGAAUAAACCGAAACGAACCAGAAUUUCUGCACGCACUGUAAGUUCUGAAAAACGAACGGAGGAAGCUGCUGCUGCUGGCGCCGAACUUGAUUGUGUCCCUCAAAAUAAACGACGUCGACUUACACGCGAACGGCGAAACAAUCAGCACGAGGUGGUAAAACAAUUGCAAGAGCCACCACCAAUCAGCCCACCAAGUACGCCCUCAUCGCUUUCCUCGGAAGCAUCACAGCAAUCCGUGACAAGCGAUCGGAGAGAAUCUGCGCCCAAGAAAAACCUGACUCACUGUUCCCGCACACCCGAAACACAGCAGAAACGAGAGCAGCAAUCAAUGUUACAGUUCAUCACUGUUUCGUCAGCUGAAAAGGAGGAAGCAGUUGUUGCUUCAGAAAAUAAUCUAUCACAGGAUGAGGUGGAGAGCGUUUCACCCUUUGGCAAAGGUAACAAAGGUAGUAGUAAAAAUGGCUCGAAUAGUAGAAAGCGGACAGAAGCUGUUGUACCGCCGAAACGAAGGCGAACACACGCACCGAAGAAAAAAUCGUCCAGCUCACCAGCAACGACCCAAAGCGCCGGCAAGAAACAAUCGCCACCGGCACCGACAUCGAAUAAAGCGACGGUUCAACACAGGGCCACCGUGGUGCACCACAAGGAUAAAGGACAGAAGAACAUACUGAAUUAUUUUAACCGCUGUUAA